AUGCACCGCGGCGGCUCGCUGUGUCGACUUCUGUCUUUCGCCCCCUCCCCUUCUCCAUUUCCUUCCGCACACUCCGCCCUCUCUGUACAGAAUCAUGCGCUGUGUUACCGCCUCUUGGGACGCCGCUGCGCGGUGUCGUCUGUCGCCUUCUCCGUCUCCACCACCCGAAAGGCAUCAACUGCGACACGCAGACCUGCUGUGCCACAGAGGUCGCACGGCCCCUCGCAGACGCUGCUAGCGUCUGACGAGCUUCUUGAUAGCACCAGUAAGCUCUCGGCAGUCAGUUGCCCUUGCGUGCUAUGGGCAGCGAUGCAGGAGCUGCCGCGACUUGCUCCUGGUGCAGCGGCGGUGCUGGCGCGGCGCACGCGCGAGAGCGUUCUUCGGCAGGACCAAUGCGCCACCGAUCUUCUCUACUUCAUGGGUACCGAGUGGCGCGCGAGGCAGCGCCGCUUCUCGGCAAACGGCGCGCCGUCUCCAAUAUCGUCGCCGCAGUCCCCAAAGAGAGACAGCAGGCACGACGGCUUGGGCUCCGUGGCGGGGCCUCCGCCGCGCUGUGAUCACUUUGACGGGCGCCGCAUUGCUCCCUCGAUGUCCUGGUCAGACCUUGACAUGCGCUUAGCCACGCCCUCCACAUCACGCCUACCUCGCGAGUUUCAGACAUUUUCACGCGAGGGCGACUCUACGAACAGCUGGCAUGCAUCGGUAGGCGAGCACAUCGAUGGCGAGGUUAACCACUACCGCAGCGCUACACCAUCCUUGUUCCGUCAGCAGCAGGAGCUAUUUGAUCUGCGUCGUCGCAUUGCAUACUUACUCGCCAGCGAAGGCACCAGCGCAGGGGACUUAGCGGAACAAGGGGUGCCACCGCUACGUAGCGCUGGCUGUCGUGCAGCCCUAGCUCUGUCGCUGACGCGCAGAAUCUUCAAGGCGUGCGCUGCUAGUGCUUGCUUCGCAGGGGCAGCGAGCAGCGCGGAGGAGAUCGUCACGGCGGUAACCCACGAUGAUGUGCGAUGCCGAUCGAGGUUUGCGAGGGGUUAUUGUGUACAGCGUGGCGGCGCAGACUCCGCGUCAAGUGCCACCGACGAGCUCUCGCUUUCCCUCCUGCGACUUCUGCAGCCUGAUGAGCAAAUCCGCUGUCCUUACAUGUACCGCAGCGUAGCGCAGCCCGUGGAGCUUACGCCAGCGGAGGCGUACUCACUGCUCACGUGGUGUGCCGAUCAGGUGCGCGCGUACGCGAGUGUAGUAGCCGCGGCCGCUAACCGAAAGGACCACUCCAACGUCCGCAGUGCCGUCUUUGAUUCUGGCGUGACGGCUGCAUUAACACCGCGCCGUGCCGAUGCGACUGAUCAAGGAGCGCCAGUGUGCAACGUCUCGUCUGCGGCGGUGUUCAGCAGCAACGGCAAACAGGAUGGAGGCGGAGGAAAAGAAAAGGGGAAGGGUUGUCAGAGGGCAACGUUACGCAAGACGGCCAGCAGAGGGCUGCCGCGCUGCUCGGCCUCUGCCACUCACCCACCAUCGACGCUUUCGAUGGCGAGGCACCUACCACGCGAUAGGAUCAGCAGAGCCGCAGAUGGAAACGACAGCACUUCGCCUUCGUCUCUUGGUUACCUAGAGAGCGAGCUGGCGGCAGAGGUGGUGUCUAGUGCUACGGCGCUUAUGGAGCUCGCUGCCGCGUUUGCUUGCAUGGCGGCCGAGUCAGCUUUGCCCAUGGCGGACAUAUUUGCAAGUCAUUCUCAUGAGGAGGUUGUCCAGCAGGCGCCCUUGCCAACAACCGCGAAGCACCACGGCGCAGACGACUUCUGUGAUGGGGACGGCGCUGUCUCAGGUGGCGAGGCGCUGGUGGGUCGUGUCAUGGGCGACGUGGUCUUGGCCGUCUGCGAUACGCUUCACACAGUGCGCGUUUCUGGGCUUCUGGGGGCGUACGUGGAAAGCCACAUUGGAGGCGUCAACACCCACUCUGGCCAUGAUACAAGCUCAGGCCAUGUGGGGCAAGCGCUAGACCAUAAAGCCACACAAGACCAGCAGAUGCGGCAGCUUCGUAGCCUCCAUCACCGUCUGUCCUUCUCACAGCCUGUUCUCCAGUCGGUGCUCUGCUGUGAACGCGAGUCCUGGUCACAGGCGGUGCGGCUGACAGAGCGCAUGACAGCUUGGAAUGCCAUCCUCGGUGAGUCGCUGGGCAUGGUCACGCUUGUCGUCACCUCCUCGUCGAUGCCCUCCCAACUGGAGGCUCCGUUUCCCUCCCCUUCGGUGGCGAUGGGUUCUGACUGCGCAACUUCAUGGGGUGCGGCUUUUCCGGCACAAGCGGCGAGCCUGCGCAGCUUGAGCACCGACACUCUCCACAUGCUUCUCUACGUCUUAGCGCAGCACGGGCGCCUUGCGGAGGUGCUGCGCCUGUGCGAGGUUGUUUGUGGUGUGCGCGCCUUUCACCUUUUUCGCGACUCUUCGUCCACCGACGAGCACGAUGGUGCAGACAACAUCCUCGUAUUGAUGGCGCACCUGGCAGCCGCAAACGCGGAGCCGGACGCUGCGGCAGCGGCGCUUCAGCAGGCGAGCUCUUCGCCGGCUGUCGACGAGAGCCCAUCUGCCGCUAUCGACCCCGCCUCCUCCGCCUCGAUUGGGAAUUGUGACUCGAAGACGCCGCUGAGCGUUGUCGUACCGGAUCGGAUGCGCUCCAUUGAGCGUGUCGUACGCGCUGGAGUAGUGCCGCAGCGGGUACUGAGCGUGACAGAGUAUGCUGUGUUGCUGCGCCGCGUGAUAGUUGACCACAUCCGCGCUGACUCAGCGUUCCAUGCCGCUGCUGCUGUCACAACAAUGCACAGCGCCAGCGCUGGCAACGAUGUCGUAUGGUGGUUGUCUCCUUCACAGGUCUGGCGCUUCAGCGCAGGCCUGGCGCAUCACGUGCGCAGCGUGCUGUGCCUGAUCAGCUUUCAGGUGAAUGCGCACCACGGGCGGACAGAUAUGCUGAGCCUAGAGGAUCUCUACGUGGUGCUCACUCUCUCCCGGCAGCUCGUGCGCAGGCACGAUGUCGAGCUGCUUCAGCUGCGAGACAGACAGAUGAAGCCAGUGGACAACAAUGACGGCGGUGAGGGAGAUACAGGCGGCGAUCUGUCGGCUUACCGGCGCAGGCAGUUGGCGGGCUGGGGCGUUGUGUUGGAUAGCCCUCCAUCAACUCCGCUCAAACUUCCGUCAUCCUUGUGUGAAUUGCCGUCGCUGUUGCCACCGCUGCUCACCAUCCCAGGCUCCAGUGCUGAGACGUGCACGGCGAGUGGUGGCUGGUCAAGCGUGGAGGCUCAUGCGCCGGGUAAGGCACCGUGGCAAUGCGAUCAAGCGAUACUCCUACAUUUGUUGCCGGCACGGCGGCGCGCAGGGAGUCCUGCCAGUACGCAGUACAUCCAGCAGCUGUGCGCCACUUGCCACUCUGCUCUUCGCCGCGUGCGGCCGCUAUCUUCCUCAGUGUACACUGAGAACGGCUUUGCCGCGCAGCAGGUCACAGCGACAGCGCAACUGUCGCCUCGAGUGGAGAGGGUCAACCAUAGCAUGGUGUCCAGCACGGUCGCCGUCAGUGCCGUGCUCUUGUCUCUUGUGUCACAGGGGACGCUCUCGAUGCUGCGGGCCGCUCGCUACACACGCAACAUUGCGCUCUUCUGGGACUCCGCGCUCAGCGUGUUGGCCAUGCAGCAGCUGCACGGGCAGGACAUUGGCGCGCGUUCUGCUGACGCCCUCCACGGAGGCGGCGGGCUCUCUGAACGCAGUGCGCCCACUUCAUCAGCCACCAGAAGAGUUGGAGGCCUGGUGCUGCAGGAGGAGGCCGAUUGCGUGCGGGAGGAGGUGGCGUACGCUCUCGCCCUCCAGGCGGAAGCUUCGGUGGGGGACAGUCUCGUCGCCACCCGCCGACUCAUCGCGCCGCUGCUUGCACUGGCCCCGUACCUCUCCGCGUACACUGUUGCCUCGCUCGUGCAGCGGCCAUUCCGUCGCAUCUUUACCUGGCAGCAAUGCCUGGCGCUCCUGCCAUACACCCCCUUAGGUUCGCGAAGCCAGUUGUGGUUGGUUCAGCGCAUCGCCCAGGACAGCGAGGGGCGGCGUCAUGUCUUUCCAGGCGCUGUCACUGUACCGGCGGGCGGUCUGCCCCCUGCGCCCGCGCCACACACGUCUUUGACACUUUUCACCUUAUUAUCCAUCACGGCAGUUCAGACAGCAAUGAAGAUGGUGACCGUUCGGGCAGCACCUCGGCGACAUCAGCAGCACCGCCAGCCCAGCCCAGGAAAAGUAGGCACGAGCACGACACCAGGCGAUACCAAGACGGCUCUUCUGCGCAGCUCUGCAGCUCCUUCGUCUGAGGAAGAGGCGUCAGCGUCAAUGUGUGCCGAGGCAGCGGCACAAGCAGAUUACGUUCUUCUCGCUCUGCUUCUCGAGUGCCACUGGGGCCGUGCAUUGCAGGCAUUUGCGAAGGCGCCGUCUCGCGUGCAGGUGGGCGGUGCACCGCAUGUGGUACGUCUUCUGGUAGAGGCGGAUGUGUGGCGCGACUUGAGUGAUGCGCAGCGGCGACCGCUCGUGCGCCUAGCCGUGCAGAGUUCUGCAUAUUCUCGUGGGGGCGCGUCGGGUCUUCUGGAGGAGGUGCUGCAGACGACGCUUGAGCAUGGGCUGUGGCACACAGGUCUUUACUUUCACCAGAGCUUCGCGGCGGAGGAGCCAGAGCUGGUGCGACAGUGCCGGUGCGCCCAGCGCUACGCUUUCCAUCUGUGUUGUGGCCUGCUAGGGCGGACGUCGAUGACCAAGAUGGCUGCUCAGAUGGCGAAGGCAGCGCGGUGCAGCCAGUGGGCUGCGGCAGCUGCGUGCUUCCUGCGUUACGCAACACAGCAGCGAGGCGGCACUACAGUCGCUGACACCUCACUGACUUCAGCGCUCUCCCCAGAUGGCUCGCCUGGACAUGCAGAGUUGGGUGAAACUUCUGCCCUCACUGCGACUCCCGCUCGUGCGGCUGGCGAGGAGACGGCUCCACCAUGCCUCACCUGCAAAAUGGCAGUACCUCCCACCACUGCCGACGAGCUCGAGUCGCUCGCUGCGCUCCUCGAUGCAGCCGCAUCGUCGCCACCGUUCACCCUGAUCUUCAGCGACGAAAGUGCUUUGAUUCCGCCCGAGUUGGCGCACUUGGUGCAGACGGCACGGUACGCCAUGCUGCACACCGAUGCACUGUGGACACAUGCGCUUCGAUGGCUCCCCACGACAGCACUGCCACUGCCCUUCAGUCACGAGCAAGUGUGGCGCAACUUGUGUGCAAACAACAUGGCAAAGCUUCGGGCGUUGUUGCCGCCACCGAAGCAACAUGAGGUCCGUGUUGAGAGGGGUGUAUUAGCACAACUGGCUACGGCAACGCAGACCAAAGACGGCCCCGUGGCGCUGGUGGUGUCCACCACGGAGGCAACACUGUCGCUCGUCGAGGCCGCGCGCCGCUCUCACCGCCCGCAGCACGCCAAUGACACUGCAAAGAAGCAGCAGAUUGCCGUGGCAAAUGCGCUGCAGGUGCUGCGCCGCGCCGGCGCCUGGGAGCAGGCCACGUUGCUCUACGACAAGGCAGUCGAGUUGCACUGCAUGCCGUACGCCUCCUCAUCGACUGUCCUCGACGCAACUCUGCAGGGAGGUGCUCCGUGGCAGGUGACGCUCAUGUACUUCUUCCGCAUGUCGCAGCGGCAGCGUCCCGACGUGAAUGCGGCGGCGGUGGCAUUGCAGGCCUGCAUGGAAGGCGGGCAGUGGGAAACGGCGUUUCGUGUGCUGCAACAGAGCGCUUUGACGCAGGCAGCCCCGGCCCCUCGACUGGUGAGUUUGGCCGUGAGUACAGCGCUGCAGUGUGGUGUCUGGAGUCGCGCCUUGGCGGCAGCUCACCGAUACCGGCGCACCCACAACUCACAACUUGCACACACGGUACUGCUCACAUACGUGCGCACCCAGCACUGGAACGACGCUGCUGAGUACUUCUACGAUUGCAUUCGCCGUGGAUUGCGCCCGCUGGACGCGUCAUUGGAACUGGCCAUCAUCGCGAGCGAGGCCGCCAGCGAUGAGUACCGCAAGACGGCGCUCAUGGUGGGGGCGAUCGCGUCCGCGCUGGAGGACCUCUACCGCAUGAGCGGCACCGUAUUGGAGCAUAUCAUAUUCGUACGGCGACACGCACGAAGCGGCGCCGCCCAGUGUCAGGCAGCGCCGGGCUCGUCGUGCAGCGCGUCGGAGUGGGUUCUCGACGACGCUACAGACAUCAAUGACGACAGCGACUUUCUUCUUUCAUAG